AUGAAGCACUUUAACUCAGAUGUCGACGCUGUGCAGCAAUCGGAAUGUCCCAACCAUAUUUCGAAGCGUCGCAAACUACGACUGGGCAACCCCAGGACGCGCCGCACAUCUCCGCCCCAUUCGAAUCCAUCGAAAUUACCAAACUCAGCGUCACAGUCGUCCUAUACAUCCUCACAACCAUUCAUACACGCCGAAGAAACACUCAAGAGUACACACCAGCACGUGUUAGUAGAGCCAGAUGAGAAAGCAGCGUCUAUAGCACACUGGGUCAUAAGAUGCGAGGCUGACACGAUGGCACCACCAACACCACGAAGCGGAUCUGUUUCGUCCAGCCGUGGGAGACGCUCCUCUAAGCGUUCUGCACGUGCGUCUCGAACGCCCAGCCCUAGCAAGCGAACGUUACCACAAACGUACCGUAACCAGAAUAUGUCUUACGCUGGAGUCUUCAUUGACGACCUAGUUGAACUUCCGCAUGAGGUUAAAUGCAAAGUGCAGUAUAUACUAGAACUAGAGUCUUUGGAGAACGCAAAUGGUAUAACGGAAGACGAAUCGCAGCAGGCCGCCUAUGUGAAAAGGUACCUGGAUCAGUCGCGUUCUAAUGCAAAAAGUUGUUCGCUCGAAGGAGAUUGGAAAGCCAGUUUAUUCAGCCUUAUGGGCGACUUAGCACGAGACAACUUCCAAUGUCAUACAUCAGAGAAGCUGUGGAACGCCGACCUCAAGCCCUCGCCGCCCGGCGUAGCCCAAUCUGACGAUGAAAGUGGUGCAUCAACACCGUGCUUUCCACAGCCGCCAUCUAUGCCCCCCAACUUCGAUUCACAAUCAGCUUCCGGGUUUCCAGGGCCAGUGCCUUCACUGCAACCGUACACACCCUCCAUCGCUUACACGACCAGCAGCGAAGCUGCCGACCCGUUCUACAUCUCAACACCAAAGCCGGACAUCGUAGUAGGACUUGAUGACAGGCAUUUCGCGCCAACGCAUCGAUUUCGGUUGGCUAAACACCAACGCUUUGGAUCGAUACUGAGCGACCCACAUACGGCUGCCAUGGGCUUGCGUUUCCCCUUUCUAAUUGCAGAGACGAAAGGUUUGAGCCUGAAUGGAGGUCUGGUGGCUGCGCAGAAUCAAGCUGCUAUUGGUGCCGCUUGUAUGCUGAAGAUACUAGAUGAACUUGAGAACCAGGCUACACUGCUCACAGAAUCUGCGUCUCCAGCAGAACCCCCACUCUGUUUCUCUAUUACGACCGAGGGUCCAGUACAUGAGUUGUGGGUCCAUUUCAAAGUUAGAGACGCGACUCAUAUGCAUAAUAUUAGGACGUGGCGUACAACAGACGCACGCCACGUGCGGGAGCUGGUGUGCUACCUUACUCGAAUUUUGAAGUGGGCUAAAGAUGACUUCAUGGAGAAAAUACGAGAGAAGUUGAACACGGUACCAGACUAG